CUGGUUUGCUAUUGCUCUCAUCAUUAAAAUGUGAAUGCCGAAAAUAUAGCGCAUUUAAUUUCCAUGAAAAUUAUAAUUGUGAUUCAACAGAUUCCGAGUUCCGACCCCACCAAUUCAAAAGUUUGGAGCAAUCAUCUAUAAAAUGACAUUUGGGCUUUUCCCUCUUUUUUUUCUUCCAUUUGUUUCAUGCAUUCAUUCAUCUAACGAGAUUAUCGCCGUUCACUUCGAUACUCAAAUGUCAAAAUUGGAUGAUACAAACAAAAAUCUCCCUACCCUUUUCGUAGAAAAUUUAGGGUUUCACUCUGUCAAUCAAUUUUUUGGUUUCCUAGUUUUUUCUCACAGGAAUUUUGAAACACUUUCAACUUUCUCAAAUUUCGAACCAAGCUCGAGAGAGAAAGUGGUUCGCAAUUUUACGAUUCGUUUUUUUUUUUUUUUUGUUGUUGUUUGUCUGGUUAGUUUACUGGCCUAAAGCAACAACGACAAAUCGAUUUUUUAAGAAAAGAUACGGAAUAAGAAAUCUAAAAUUUCAAGAUCAGAUAAAUAAAGAUAGAAGGAAAAAAAAAUGGUUGAAACGUUGAUUUUUUAAGUGCCGCAGAUUUGCAGAGAAAAUUUGGGUGAAAAAUGGAGAUGGAGGAGUUUUUUUCCAUCGAAGAACCACUUGAGGUGGAAGAAUGUUUUGAUAUUAAAUACGAAUUUGAUGCACAGCAAUGGUUUGAUUUCAACCAGCUAGAAACGGAGUGGGAGGCUAAAGAAGCCGAGCUCUGGUUCCAAUCAGCUGGAAGCUAUCCGCCUUCGCCUUUUGCAAUCAAGUUGAACUGGAGCUAUGAUAUUAAUGGUGAUGAAGAAUUUGGCAAUGGUUCAAUAGAUUUCGAUGACAGAGAAGCAUGCAAUUGCUAUGGUGAAGAUAAUCUGAGGGCUAAAACCAAUUCUCGGGUCAAGCCAUCUCUCUCUAGGAGCUCAACUUUGAUGAAACCUACAGCAAGUUACUUGGCCAAGCAAAAUCAAUCUCGAGCCGUUCAUUCCAACCAGCUUCACAGAAGGUUGCAAAAGUCCUUAGACAGACUUGAUGAUAGGAGUGCAAAGAGUUCUUCUGUAACUGAAGUGAUUGCUACCAAAAGACAAAAGCUGGAAGCUGGAUACAUAUCCAAGGUUGCUCAUUUGAAGCAUCAAGCUCUUUUUGUGCACAAGAAACCUAAAACUGCCCUCUCCCUUGAUGGUAACUCAGUAUGUGCUAAACCUAAAGUUACAAUUCCAAGAGAACCAGAGCUACAAACUGCAAGAAGGGCUCAGAGACAUAGGUCUAAUGUCAAGCCAGAGUCAGAUGAAAAUGCAAAAUCAAAUGUUCACUUCUUUAAAGCACUUCCCUUGAACAAAAAAAUUCUUGAGGCUCCUUCAUUUCCCCUUCACAAGAAAAGCCUGCCUCAACCACGGGAGUUUCAGUUGUUUCACCUGAGGACAUCGGAAAGAGCCAGGCAGCAUGCAUCAAACAAUGCAAUGAAACUACCAAAUUAUGUUUCAACUUCAAGAAAGGAAAAUACAGGCCUCAUCAGAAGCUUCAACUCUGGCAAUGCUUUAAAGGAGGAGAAAUCUGAAGCUGUUAAUAAAUUUAAAGCUUGUCCUCUUAAUAAGAAGAUAAUUUCAAGUAAAGGAGAAAAUGGUAUUCCCCUGAAUAUGAAGGAAACAACAGCCACAAUUGAAUUCAAGUUUUUAAGAGACAGGAGGCUUCCAGAUGAACCACCAAUAGAAUUAUUCAAUAAGCUCUCUGUGUCAUCUGAAGUUCAUUCUGGUGAAAAAUCUGGAGCAAAAAUGGCUAUUUCCGAGGGAUUCAAAGAGAAUGAGCCAGGUCCUUUCCUUCUGCAGUGUCAGAUUAUGAAUGUGGCCAAAGAAAAUUCACAAAGGAAUGGAGGGAUGCAGUAUCAGUGUAGGAGUGACAGAGCUACUGAAAUUGGGCAACCACUGAACAUUAAGAGGAGCUUGGGAUUGGACAUAGUCUGAAGUCUGAAGUCAUUUUGGUGGUUACAUUUGUCUUUCUUGCCAUACGUAUUCCGCAGGCAAAUUUUGGGGGAGAAAUAGAUAUUUCUUUUUUAAUA